AUGGCUGGGGAUAAGAAGAAGAAAAUACUACUUGUGGCCAUGGCCUAUUAUUUAUUCCUUGUUGUGUCAGCAGCGAGUUCAAGUCUUAAAGUAGGAAAAGAAGAAGAAGCCGAUCGAAUAAUUGAACUUCCUGGACAACCCAAAGUCUCAUUUCAGCAGUACUCUGGCUACAUCACUGUUGAUAAAGAGUUUGGCAGAGCUCUCUUCUAUUGGCUCACUGAAGCAGUUCAUCAACCUGAAUCCAAACCUUUGACCAUUUGGUUCAAUGGAGGGCCUGGCUGCUCUUCGGUGGCUUUUGGAGCUUCAGAGGAGAUAGGCCCAUUCAAUAUCAAGGAAAAUGGGACGGGUUUGAACCUCAAUAAGUUCUCAUGGAACACUGUAGCCAACCUACUUUUCCUUGAAUCUCCGGUCGGUGUCGGCUUCUCUUACACCAACACAACGGACGAUCUCGAGUCAGGCGAUGAGCGCACUGCAAAGGAGGCAUUGGAAUUCAUUCACCGAUGGUUGGACCGAUUUCCACGCUACAAACAGCGAGACAUUUAUUUGACGGGAGAGAGCUAUGCCGGGCAUUUUGUUCCCCAAUUGGCCAAAGAGAUUAUGACAUAUAAUUCAAAUACUAAGUUUCCUAUAAAUCUCAAAGGGAUAAUGGUUGGGAAUGCGGCUAUGGACUACUACUAUGAUAACAUUGGCACAAUAGACUAUUGGUGGAGUCAUGCCAUGAUCUCUGAUGAAACGCGCACGAAGAUGCUCAACAAAUGUGAUUUCUCUCAACAAUACAAUUUUUCCAAGGAGUGUGAAUCAAUAGGAAACAUAGCCAACAACGAAAUGGGAAACAUUAACUACUACAACAUAUAUGUACCUAAAUGCGACAAGUCAUACCGCAUCGGUGCUACCCGCAGGAACCUACUUUCGCUUCAUCAACCCUUUUCGAUUUUCAGGCGGCUUUCAGGAUAUGAUCCUUGUAGAGAGCAGUAUGCUGAGAUUUAUUACAACAGACCCGAUGUGCAGCAAGCUCUCCAUGCCAACACUACUAAAAUCCCUUAUAAUUGGACUCCUUGCAGUAAGGGUCGUCUAAGUUGGGUUGAAGAAGCUUUUUCAAUUCUGCCAAUCUACAAAGAAAUGAUUGCUGGUGGUUUGAAAAUUUGGGUGUUCAGUGGUGAUGCGGAUUCUGUCGUGCCGGUUACUGCCACCAAGUACUCCCUUGCUCAGCUUAAUUUGACAACAAAAAUGCCAUGGUAUCCUUGGUAUGUGGAUAAUCAGGUGGCAGGAUGGACACAGGUAUAUGAAGGGCUAACCUUUGCAACAGUGAGGGGGGCAGGUCAUGAAGUGCCAAUUGUCAAACCCAAACAAGCCCUUGAGCUCUUCAAAUCAUUUUUAAGUGGGACACCUCUACCUAAAUUAUAGGAGACUCUCUUUGGGAGGAGACCAUGUCUUCAAUAUUUCCAUUAAUCUUUUCUUUGAUAAGAAAG